CGAGGGAAGAGGCGCUCCGAGCGGCGCCCAACUUUCUCCCUGCUCCCGCGGGCCGGGGGAGAAUGAAGCCUGGGGCAAUCCAGCCCCAACCUUGCUUGGAAAGGGAACUCGAGCAAGAAGGGAGAAGAGAUGGAGAGAAUUUCCCCCGGUUUGGUUUUUCGGGAGGUUGUGUUGUUUUGUUACCAUUUCUACCGAUGACUAGAAAAUAAUGGGAAUACGGCGUAGGGCAUCGAGUAGCGCUUUGGGAAAAUGGAAGAGGUGUUGGGAGACGCCUAAAGUUGCCUUUCAAGCUCUGGCCUCCGGGGCAAGCGAUGCUCAGCGGCGGGCUGACUCAGGACUGCCUGGGCCUCCCUGCCACCCGACUGGAAAUGAUGCAAGUCCAGUCUGUCACCUGGAUUCCUUUCCGGAUGCCCGGAAUCCGUCUGGAUUAGGGGAGGAGCGAGAAAUUGGCACACUAGGUGUUGCAUGGCCCACCAAAGCGGGGCAAAAAGAAAAGGGAAAGAUGGGGCAGUUGCUCAGGCCAAGUCCUGUAUCUAGUGCUUCUGCUUCUAUCUUGAAUAGUUUGAGGAGUGUUGUGUGUGGUUUUUUUUAAUGCAAGAGUCAGAACGCUAGGGAUUAUACCGUAUGUACUCAGUUAAUUCCCAGUAUCACUGGGACCAGGAAACUCCUCCAAUCUGUCAAGGCCUCGGGGAUAAGUAUCCCCCCGAAUUCCAAACGGCAGAAUAAAGGAAACUUUCCCAGCCCGUUGCGGGUGUGAGGAGAGCCAGGGGCCCGGGAAAAGCUGUCGCAGCGCAGUCCGUCCCUUCUCUCCCCCUUCUUUAACUGCAAACGGAGCAGGGAUUCACUUUUUUUUUUUUUUUUAAGACCGUUCGGCCAUUGGAGCACCCGCACACGCGCAUGCAUCUCCGACCGCGCUCACACACACACACACACACACACACGCACGCACGCAAACGCGUGGCUGUGGCCAGGUCGGCAACUUUGUCAGGCGCUCCCAGCAGCGCUCCGCUUCCCCCAGUAGUAGUUGGUUGCAGGCCCCGCCUCCCGCCCGUGUUGUCAAACGGGCGGGGGUCUAGGAUUGGUCCAGCCGCCGGGACAACACCUGCUCGACUCCUUCAUUCAAGUGACACCAGAGCUUCCAGGGAUAUUUGAGGCACCAUCCCUGCCAUUGCCCGGCACUCGCGGAGCUGCUAACGGCCUGGUCACAUGCUCUCCGAAGAGCUACGGGAGGGCGCUGGGUAACCUCUAUCCGAGCCGCGGCCGCGAGGAGUAGGAGGGAAAAGGCGAGCAAAGAGGAAGAGUGGGAGGAGAAGGGGAAGCGGAGAAGGAGGAGGGAGGGGAGGAGGAGAGCACAAAGAAUCCAGGUCUCGGGGCGGGAGGUUUACACCAAGAAACAUGUGUGCCGAGCGGCUGGGCCAGUUCGUGACCCUGGCUUUGGUGUUUGCCACCUUCGACCCGGCUCGGGGAACCGAUGCCACCAACCCGCCGGAGGGUCCCCAAGACAGGAGCUCCCAGCAGAAAGGCCGCCUGUCCCUGCAAAACACAGCGGAAAUCCAGCACUGUUUGGUCAACGCUGGUGAUGUGGGGUGUGGCGUGUUUGAAUGUUUCGAGAACAACUCUUGUGAGAUUCGGGGCUUACACGGGAUUUGCAUGACUUUUCUACACAACGCUGGAAAAUUUGAUGCCCAGGGCAAGUCAUUCAUCAAAGAUGCCUUGAAGUGUAAGGCCCAUGCUCUGCGGCACCGAUUUGGCUGCAUAAGCCGGAAGUGCCCGGCCAUUAAGGAAAUGGUGUUCCAGUUACAGCGGGAAUGCUACCUCAAACACGAUUUGUGCUCUGCCGCCCAGGAGAACACCAGGGUGAUGGUGGAGAUGAUUCACUUCAAGGACUUACUGCUACAUGAACCCUACGUGGACCUGGUGAACCUGCUGCUGACCUGCGGGGAGGAGGUGAAAAAGGCCAUCACCCACAGCGUUCAGGCUCAGUGUGAGCAAAACUGGGGAAGCCUGUGCUCCAUCCUGAGCUUCUGCACCUCAGCCAUCCAGAGGCCCCCCACGCUGCCUCCUGAGCGCCAGCUCCAGGUGGACAGAGCCAAGCUCUCCAGGGCCCACCACGGGGAAGCGGGUCACCACCUCUUGGAGCCCAGUAGUCGGGAGACAGGCCGAGGUGCCAAGGGCGAGCGAGGUAGCAAGAGCCACCCAAACACCCAUGCCCGGGGCAGAGCAGCCAGCCGUGGGGCACAGGGAACUUCUGGAAGCAGCGAGUGGGAGGAUGAACAGUCUGAGUAUUCCGAUAUCCGGAGGUGAAACAAAAGGCCCGGCCGGGAAAUCUUUCCUCCAUGCCGUCCAUUUGCUUCUCUAUGGACAUUCCAAAACAUUUGCCAUUGAAGAGGGGGGAUGUCACACGCAGGAUUUGGUGGGGAUUGCAGACUUGAAGAAGGUGUAUGUUGGAAUGAACAGGUAAGGCAGAGAAUCCCUGGGCAGCAGUGAGGUCUGGCCUGUGCCCAGCAGGUUCGACACUCCCACAUCCCGAAAUGAGUGUGCCACCUGUCCUCCUCGCAACUUUGUCUUCUUUCCAUCCUGGAGCCACUGGGUGGCAGCCUGCGGUUCACUCUGCUGUGGGGGAGGUGGCCCCAGGGACGGGUCAGGGGUCAGUGGGCCCCGCCCCACAGCUGCGGUGCUGUCUUGGUGGAGGGCGAAUGGACUCCAGUGCGGGAGUGAAUGUGAAAAUCUCUGGGAAUCAGAAGGGUGGAGAGGAGGCAGGGGCCGUGUAGGUGCUUGGCGACAAACCAAGAUUCAGUUCCUUGCAUGGGACCGUGAGGUCUGGAGCUGCUUGUUGGGGGGAGGGCAAGGGUUCUAAGUAUAAUUUCUGAGCCAUUGUUCUGUCUGGGGAUGGUAUCCGAGGGAGUGGCCCCUGUGUGUUUAUAUUUUAACCACUGCUUCAAAUCUCAAUUUCACUUUUUUAUUUAUCCAGUUACAUCUACAUAUCUGUCAUCUAAAUAAAUGGCUUUCAAACAAAGCAACUGGGUCAUUAAAACCAGCUCAAAGUGGGGGGAAAAAAGCCCAUCUUUAGUGGCUGAUUUUUUUUUUUUUGAGCGUUAUUUUAAAAGGAAUCAAAGAGUAAUGUAGCUGUACGUCUGACUGCCUGGCAUGGGCUUGUAGCCGCUUCAGGCAAACCCCACCCCUGCAGGGAAAUGCACAGACAAGGGGUACAUAUGACAAAUUUCCAUUAGCAUUUUGUUCUCCUUGACCCUCAGCCAAAAUCAAUAAAGGACCAUACCCUGGAUUCCGUGAAGGCAAAUUGGAAACCUGGCUUCUGCAUGCUAGAGGAUUGAAAAGGGGAGAAGAGAGGGAAGACUACUCAAUAAUUUCCAGCAGGGAAGGCCGACCUUUCUCAUAAAUGGGGGAAACGGCCGAAAAACCAAGGGACACAUUUUUUCUAGAUCCCAGCCUGGAAAUACAGCAAUGAGGAAAGAGUCAGAGUAAGCAAAAGAAAGGCAGAAAGGAGAGACAGAAGUAAAAAUAUGAGGAACAGGAAAGGGUUGUAAGAGUAUCAGCAGUGGAAUCUUGUGGUUAUUUUAAAUGUUUCAGAGGUAAGCCCUUUCUUUUCUUUCCUAAUGGGCUAUCAAAUUAAAGUUUAUCCUUUCUUACAGCCAGUACUCAAAUAGGAGCCCAGUAUUGUGAGGAGUGGACAGGGGUUCUGGGCCAGGCCCUUCUAGAGCAGAGGUCAGCAAACUUCUUCCUAAAGGUCCCAAUAGUAAAUCCACUCUCUUCAGUUUGGCAGGGCAUAUGGCUUCUGCUGCGACUACUCAGCCGCUCCACUGUAGCCUAGAAAGACAUAUGCAGACGACACAUAACAAAUAGGCUUGGCUCUGCUCCCAUAAAAUUUUAUUUAACAGAUGCCCAGUUGGAUUUGGCUCCCGGGCCUGAGUUUGCUAACCCCUGUUCUAGUAAGUGGGCAAAAAAGUAUGCAUCCUCCGUUUAUAUCAGCUCACAGCUCUCUCUCAAAGCAACCUGAGGCCAGAGAUAAAGAAGCUAAAUUUAUCUACUCUAAAAUGAUUUGUUCUGGGGAAUGAUCUUACUCAAAACACAGCUAGUAUUUAUAUACCCCAAAUCCAAUCUCAUUGCUGCCAGGACAUGGGGCUGGAGGGUUAUCUCCCUAAUCUUUCAUGAUCCAUGUUGGAGAGAUGAUCUCCAUUUGGGUGUAGGGAGGGGGUGGGUGGGGGACAAAAUGCUGGGAAAGCACCUAGAAAGAGCUGGAGCUGCAGAAAGCAGAGGAGAUGGUGUGCAUUUAAUCCAGCUCUGCCCGCGGUGGGGGAGGAGGACCGGUGUGUCAGGCUCCGCCAUGGGAACCGAACGUAAGCCAUGGCUGUCGCCUGCCAUGGGCCGCUGCAGCACAUUGACUGUUUUACUUCAGAAGCUGAAGCAAUAACAUUCUCCCGCAUUGCUCUGUCAGCUGUUCAUUUGUUCGUGGCUCCUGGGCUGGAUGUGAAAGGCAUCACUUUUGUACUUUCCUCAAUGUAAAUGUUUUAUGUGUUCGCCUACUGAUGUCCCAUUUGUUGCUUCUAUUGUAAAUAUUUGUCAUGUAUAUUUAUUAUCUCAGCUUGUUGCCCCCCCCAGGGGGCAACAUUUCUUAUAUGUUCAUUUGAACCCCUUUGCUGAUCUCUGUUGUACAUUUUUCAUGCCACUGGUUUGUUUCUCAAAAGUUAGGUACGUAUCAUUUCAGCCUGGUUCCUAAUGUUUUGCAGUAUACAAUUGUUUUUAUUGGUAAGGUUCUUUUGGUCAAAACUGAGGAAAAGUGCAAAUUCCUGUAGGCACUGACAGAGCUAUUUGUACAAUCUAAAAUGUAACAAAGUAGUCAUUAAAAAUAGACCCUCAACUUGGGCUUCAUAAUUCAUAUAAAGGGGUUACUCAUGAGCCUUCCUUUGAGGAAGGAUGUGGAUUUCCAAAUAAAGUAUGAUGUUUAUUUUAAGCUUUGCAUCUUAACAAGAUGAUCUGAACACCUCUCCUUUUGUGUCAAUAAAUAGUCCUCUUAUUCUGAAAUGAGAGGACUGAGUAUAGUGAAAUGCUGACGCCCAAAACCAAAUACAUAGAAAACAGCAGCCCAGAACUGUGCUCAUACUCUCAUGCACACAGGCACACACACCCACAGAGAAAUUUAAACUCAAACCAAGUAAAAGGCUUCACUAAAACAACAUGGAAAAACAAUGCUUCCAGGGCCCAUUUCCUAAGGAAGAACAACCUCGUCUGAUCUCAGAAUUGGCACCACGUGAGCUUGCUAAGUCAUAAUAUCUGUUUCUGUUACGGAUUUAGGCAGCAGGUCCUGUAUAUUGUCACAUGGCAUUAUUUUUCUCCAAGCGUUAAUAAAGGUUUUAAAUAAA